CCACGAUAUUUUCAAGAAAAGAGUAUUUGGUCCCUCCGAUUGAGCCGCAAGGCGUGACCCAACAAUGGAUGCAGCAUCCACAUCCUCUGCGUCACUCAAGAAACGAGUCAAGCACACCAAAGUCAGGACUGGAUGCCUGACUUGCAAGAUUCGCAGAGUGAAAUGUGACGAGACCAGACCUGCGUGUCUGCGUUGCACCAAGUUUGAUGGUCAAUGCGACGGCUAUUCUACUUCAAAGGCCAAGCAAAAUCUUACGCCAAGACACGAAACUCAGAAUCCAGCACCGUUCAUGCAACCGAGACCACUUCUUCCUCGGAGUGGUAAAGAGGAUCGUACUUCAUUUGUUCCGACUCUGUAUCGUCCAGUCCACGUUGCAAAGUUCCGAAACGAGCAGGAACAUCUGGGGUUCUUGUCGUUCAGAAACCCGACCAUUUCUGAGCUUUCGAGCCUCUUUCCCAGUUCUCUUUGGGAGCGGGUGAUACUUCAAGCAUGUCAAGAAGAGACGUAUGUACGCGACGCUGUUAUUGCUGUCGGAGCAUUGUUCUCAUGCGAACGAAGGCUUGUGUUCGAUACAGAGAAUCGGAAGAGUUGGGGAGGAAUUGAAAAUGCACCUCGGUACCAAUUUGCUCUCCAACAUUAUGGAAACACUAUAAAGACAAUGCGCCAGCAGCUACCUUCUAUGCGCGGGGACCAGAGUCUUAGGACCAUGUUGAUCGGAUGUAUUCUCAUUGUUUGUUUUGAGGCAAUGCAAGGAAACUAUGUCCAGUCCGUAACACAUGCAGUUGGUGGACAUGGGGUUCUGCAGAGCUGGCUCACCUCUAAGAGGCGUUCCAAUUCGCCAUUUUUCACGAAAGAAUGGCUUACAUGUCCGGCGACAAGCCCGGCGGAGGAUGUUGUUGAGGACGAGCUUGUGCAAGCUUUUGCGCGCAUUGACUUGCAGAUAAUGCAAUACUCUCUCGACCCUCGAGGGAUGGAAGACCACUUGUUGCUCGGUUAUGAAGGCUCAGAGGCUAUCAGAAAUAUGCCCUUGCAAUUCGCCAGCAUAGGAGAGGCCAGAUCAUACUUGAUCUUAGUCGACCGCCGGACGUGGCAUUUCCUUUCGAGCUUUGCGCUUUCACAGUACGAGAAGAGAGGAAGAGAAGAGGACAUCGACGUAUCAAAGCACACGGACUUGAACGACGUACUAUCAAAAGAUAAUAACAGAGCUCAGAUUUGGCAAGCCGAAAGUGCGGCUCAUCCCAUUUACAGAACUCUGCCUCGGAACUCACGAGAGUGGAAAGCAGCAAGCCUUCUUCAGAUCCAGGCUCAGACGACAAGAAUCUAUCUUCAUGGCUGGCUUCGCUCAGAUGAAAGCUGGAGUGAUCAAUUCCUUCCCGAAUUUCAGUGGAUAGUGAAUAGAGGCAAAGAAAUAUUCGACGAUGACUUGAUCCAGAACAAACAUCGCUUCUCUUUCGAUGGCGGGUUUAUACAUCCAUUACAGACGAUAGGUCACUAUUGCCGAGAGCCUAAUGUUAGGAGAGAAGCUAUUGCACUAUUGAGGAGGAUUGCUGCGAAAGAGUUAUUUUGGGAUGGAUUGAUGCAUGCUAGCGCUUGCGAAGCGCAAAUGAAGUUCGAAGAAGAAGGAAUGGAUAUACAUGGCUUUAUUCCGGAAUCGCAUAGAUUCCAAAUACGUGGAGGCAAAGUGGAUAUGCUGAACAGGAUUGGAACGAUUAUAUACAGGAGAAUGGGCAGAAACGAGGACGGGACGCUGGACGAAAGAGAUUCAGCCUUCCACUAUGAGUACCCGUUUCAAUCACCCGCAAAAGGACACUGCUCAAUGGGAUCCUCAGCUUGGCAGACAAUGCUCUUGCAAUACGUUCAAGCCAUGUUUGUUUGA